CUAUUAUAAUUAUAAGCAUUAGGGUUUCUACCACUUACCAGUUAGUUGCUUUGUUUCACUCACACUGUGUUUGGAGCAGAAUCAGAUCGUGUGUUCCGUACGUUCGUUCGUUCAUUUCCAGUGUCAAACAUGGCGUCUCAGAUGAGCAAGAAGAGAAAGUUUGUUGCGGACGGAGUGUUCUUCGCCGAACUGAACGAGGUUCUGACUCGUGAAUUGGCGGAGGACGGUUACUCCGGCGUGGAAGUUAGGGUUACGCCGAUGCGCACCGAGAUCAUCAUCAGAGCCACCAGAACCCAAGCUGUUCUAGGUGAGAAGGGAAGGAGAAUUAGGGAACUUACCUCAGUGGUGCAGAAGAGGUUCAAAUUCCCCGAAAACAGUGUCGAGCUUUAUGCUGAGAAGGUCAACAACAGAGGCUUGUGUGCCAUUGCUCAGGCCGAGUCGCUUCGCUACAAGCUCCUCGGCGGCCUCGCUGUUCGCAGGGCUUGCUAUGGUGUUUUAAGAUUUGUGAUGGAAAGCGGUGCCAAAGGAUGCGAGGUCAUUGUUAGUGGAAAACUGAGAGCUCAGAGAGCCAAGUCCAUGAAAUUCAAGGAUGGAUAUAUGAUUUCUUCUGGACAACCAGUCAAGGAUUACAUUGACUCUGCAGUGAGACAUGUGCUACUAAGACAGGGUGUUCUUGGUAUCAAGGUUAAGAUCAUGCUUGAUUGGGAUCCUAAAGGGAAACAGGGUCCUAAAACUCCCCUUCCUGAUCUUGUCACGAUCCACACCCCCAAGGAAGAGGAAGAAUAUGCCCGGCCUGCUGCUGUUUUGGCAACUGAUAUUGAGGUCCCUGUUGCUUGAAAAUGUUUUAUUUGUUCUUGAGUAGAAAUUCAUAGCACCUGAGUACCUAGUAUGCAGUGUUCAUUUGCUUAGACCUGGUCAGAUUUUUGUAGUGUCUUAUCUUUGUUGGGAAAGACUAGUUAAAUUUUUUUGUAGUUUCUUAACAGUUUAUGAAAUUGCUACAAAGUGCCAAGUAUUUUAAGCAUCAAUUGAUUAUUAUUAUUUAAAUCUCCA